AUGUUUGUCGGAGAAAUUUCAAGUUUUGUUGGACAGCGUAAUUCACUCAGAGGGCUCAACCUGUCUCAUAAUAGCUUCAGUGGUCAAAUCCCUGAAUCCAUUGGAAAUUUGACCCAACUUGAAUGGUUAGAGCUCUCUUCAAACAAGCUCAAUGGCCAGAUUCCUCACAAACUCGCUGAUCUAACAUUUCUUGCCUUCUUAAACCUUUCGGAUAACCGACUCACAGGACCGAUUCCUCAAGGCAGACAGUUCAAUACAUUUGAAAAUGCUUCAUACCAUGGAAACAUUGGUCUAUGCGGGUUUCCAUUAGCCAGAGGUUGCAACGCAGAUGGGGGGACAAGCACAAAGAGGCACAUGAUAGCUGCAGACUGUAACAAGUUUUGUCCUGAAAGGUAG